CCUCAUUGUUUUAACGAAAGUCCAAUCACGAUGGGAAAGUGUCAAAACGAAGAAGACAGGAAUCGAUGAUUAACCCGGAAGCGGUGACCCAGGAAGUGAAAGUGAUUCCUUGCCUUUCUGGCUGAAAUGUACCGAGUUAGAGAAGGUUCCGACCUCACAUAUUUUCCAUGUUCCCUUUGUAUGGGAUCACUCCCUGCACCGAGGUUCACAGUAUGGCUUACACGUGCUGCUCGCGCCGGGAGGUCUGUCACUCACGGUGAACCCACCCUGACCACUGUUCCAGAGGACCCGGAGCCCUGUUACCUGCGGUCGGUGUGGAGAGAACUUGCUGUUCUCAGAUGCUGAGAUGAACCGUCACCUCUGUGUUUGGCUCUUUAGACUUCCAUCUCUUCAUGGUCAUCACCAGUGCCACAUCCAUCCCCUUUUUCAUCAAUUUACACAGAUACAUCUUGAUACAAGGCUGGGGAUUUUUAGACAAAACAGGAAUCACAUUUUCCAUAGUCUGUUAAAUAAGAAUUGCUCUAAGAGAUUCUGUCAUCAAAACACCAAGAUGCUCUGGAAGCAUAAAGCAUUACAGAAAUAUAUGGAGGACCUGACUAAGGAGUACCAAACACUUGGUCAGUGUUUGCAGCACAUCUCUGUGAAUCAAGGGGACCAAAGGUCCUUGAAUCAAAGACAUGCUGAGUUGGCACCACUUGCAGCCCUUUACCAAGAAAUUCAGGAGGCUGAAAAAGAAAUUGAAGAAUUAGAAUCAAUGUGUAAAAGUCUAGAUAAACAAGAUGAAAAGCAGUUACAAGAACUUGCAUUGGAAGAGAGGCAAACCAUUGCUCAAAAAAUUAACAUGUUAUAUAGUAAGCUUUUCCACAGUUUAGUGCCAAAGGAAAAAUAUGACAAAAAUGAUGUUAUUUUAGAGGUGACAUCUGGAAGAACUACUGGAGGUGAUAUCUGCCAACAAUUUACCCGGGAAAUAUUUGACAUGUACCAGAAUUAUUCAGGCUAUAAACACUGGACAUUUGAACUUCUGAAUUAUACACCGGCUGAUUAUGGUGGGCUACAUCAUGCAGCUGCCCGAAUUUCUGGUGACAAUGUCUAUAAGCAUUUGAAGUAUGAAGGUGGGAUUCACCGAGUUCAGCGAAUCCCUGAGGUGGGCCUGUCGUCCAGGAUGCAGCGUAUUCACACAGGAACAAUGUCAGUUAUUGUCCUUCCUCAACCACAUGAGGUAGAUGUGAAAGUGGACGCUAAGGAUUUGCGAAUAGAUACAUUUCGAGCCAAAGGAGCGGGAGGCCAGCAUGUUAAUACAACUGAUAGUGCUGUCAGACUUGUCCAUCUCCCCACAGGGCUUGUAGUAGAAUGCCAACAAGAAAGAUCACAGAUAAAAAAUAAAGAAAUAGCUUUGCGUGUAUUGAGAGCUAGACUUUAUCAGCAGAUGAUUGAGAAAGACAAGUGUCAACAACAAAGUGCUAGAAAACUACAGGUAGGAACAAGAGCCCAGUCAGAGAGAAUUCGGACAUAUAAUUUCACCCAGGACAGAGUCACUGACCACAGGAUAGCAUAUGAAGUUCGUGACAUUAAGAAAUUUUUAUGUGGGGAGAAGUGCCUGGAUCAGCUAAUUCAGAGACUGCUUCAAUCAGCAGAUGAAGAAGCUGUUAUUGAGUUUUUGGAUGAAAAUCUUAAAUCAACAAAAUGCUGAUUUAUUAUUUAUUAGAGGCCCGAUGAACAAAAUUUGUGCAAGAGUAGGCCUUCCUUAUCCCAGCUGCUGGCACUGGCUUCCCUCUGGCACCUGGGACCCAGGCUUCCCUUACAGCCCCAGCUUCAUCUGGAAGUUCUUCCAGAAGGACAUCUGGUCUAAUUAGCAUAUUACACUUUUAUUAUUAUAGAUAAUUACAUAAGUGAGAUGGACUUACGUCAGGAAACUGACAGAGGCAUGGGAAUCUUUGAGACUAUUCAUAAAAUACAGAUAAAAAUGCACAAUAAUUACAAAUGUUUUUGUUUUUUUAAUCCUCACCUGAGGAUAUGUUUAUUAAUUUGAGAGAACGAGAGAGAAAUAAACACUGAUGUGAGAAACAUUGAUCACUCACCUUGCACAAUAGGCUCCAACUGGGAAUGGAAGGCACAACCUUCUGGUGUACAAGAUGAUGAUUCAACCAACUGAGCCACCCAAUCAGCUUACAAAUAUGUUUUUUAAUGAAUCAAUUACAUUUCUUUUUCUUUGAAAACCAAAUAUUAAUUUUGAUGAUCUUGUAAACAAAGUGUUUUUGAUGAUUUAAUAACAUGAAGAUUAGGAUUCUACUUGGCAGGAAGAUGGUUUACUUAGUGCUUCCCAGCCAUCACCCUGUGCUGGUAGACUUGUCAAGGGAAGAAAGCUUACCUAGCAUUGUGAACAGCCUCUCACUAAGGAGGAGGCUAAGAAAAUAAGUAAGUAGAGGGAUGGCCUGGGCCACAUGAGUUACUCAGGAGGUACAGGCCCAGUUUCCUUACCCAGAGUCAUUCACACACUUGCCAAUAAAGCAGUUCUCAAUGAACUAUUCUAGUAACGGAACAUGUGGGUCUGAUUCUGUCAUCCAGCUAUGUCUCCACACUGGCACACUGACUCCUGGGGCGAUGUUGGGGUUGGCUCAUUCACAUGACCUUUCUGCUGGGCAGCACUGAGGCCUGCUCUGGAGGGUGGCCAGGCUCCUUUAUUUCCCAGCCCAUCUUAAAGAACAUCUGGAAUCCAAGAAUCUUCUCAAAACUCCUUAAGCCUAUUAAUCUCUUUUUCUAAUUCACCAUUUUUCUUCAUUUCUUGAUGCCAGCUAUAAUGCAAAGAUAGAUUUAAGUCCUUGACUGUUCAUUUCUUUCACUUUUCCUUUUCAUGUUGGGAUUGACUUCUGCUCUGACCUAAUCCCUUCUUUAACUCUUGUUUCUCAGCUUCUAAAUUCAUACAAAAAUGUGAUUCACCCUCUAGUGAAGCCUCUGUCAUAGAUAUUUUUUUUUUGGUGUCAGCCAGUUCUCUUUGAAGUUGUCUAACAACUCUAUUUUCCGUCUUUUGACACUGUGUUUGGCCUAAGUCUCUUUUUACACCUUCUAAAAUCAAAGUCCUUUCUUUGAGAGCAUUUCUUGUGUAAUAAAGCUCAAUUUCUAAGCUAUUGAAUUUACUUUCUUCUGCUUUAUAAAGUUAUUGAGAAAGAAUCUCAUUAUUAUAUUUUAGGUCUCUCUUUAUCCUUUUCAUACUGAUAUAUUCUUUUAAAUUAUACUAUUUAUUCAUUAGCUCCUUAUUUUUUUCAUUUAGCAUGUUAGAAAUAAAGCGAGCCUCAGAGUUAAGGGGUUCUGGUAGAACACAAAGGAUACUUGGGGGUCAGACAGCAAAGCUAUAUAUUUACUUCUGCAGAAGGGUGUGCAACCAACAGUCUGGUAAGCAAAGACUUCCCACUCAGAUUUAAUCCAUGGCACAAUCUGCCCCUCACCCUGAUUGCUAAAGGCUUGGGUUCACUUUCUUGGCACGAUUGGCUAAUUCAAAGGAGGGCAGGGAGUUUUGACAUUUAGGAAACUGAAUCUGAAAAUGGUGGCCUCCUGGGAAAUUGCAAGUCAUGCAACUUAGAAUAGAGCUGAGAGAAUCUUUGAUUGGCUGCCUCUUGCACGCCCCCGUGGGGAGAUGGAGCCUACAACCCAGGCAUGUGCCCCCAAUUGGAAUUGAACCUGGGGCCCUUCAGUCUGUGGGCCGGUGCUCUAUGCACUGAGCCAAACCAGGUAGGGCUCAAAAUGACUGCUCUUAAGCUAAGGAACUUCCUCCUCUG